AUGGAAAUCGUUGAAGUUUCGACUGGAGUCCAACAUCAGGAACCAACUUCUGAGGAUGUGAGUUUUUUCAAAUUCAAAUUCAUAAUUUGGUUUUUUAAGUUAUUGAAACUUCCUACGAGAAUCUUAACAUUCCCCUGCUCAAAUCCAAUGUUAAUCUGAAGCUUUCAGAAUUUCGCAAAAUUUCAUCUAACUCCCAAUUUUCAGGUAUAUCUUGCUCUUUUUGUGAUGAUCCUAUGUGUUUUGGCGUUGUUCGCAAUUCAUAAACGCAAAACAAUUUGCGGAUUUCAAACGAGGAACGAGCUGAUUUAUCGGUAUUUUGUCCAAUAUCACUGCGAAGAUUUCGAAAUCGAGCCGUAUAUUGAGGUGCUUUAA